AUGGCGACCACAGUAGACAAGAUCAAGGACAUUGAGGCCGAGAUGGCCAAGACGCAGAAGAACAAAGCCACUUCUUUUCAUCUGGGCCAACUCAAGGCAAAAUUGGCAAAGCUGAAGAGGGAGCUAUUGACCCCUUCGUCAUCAGGAGGAGGUGGUGGCAGCGGCUUCGACGUUGCAAGAACCGGCGUCGCUUCAGUCGGCUUCAUUGGCUUCCCUUCAGUGGGUAAGUCGACCCUCAUGAGUCGCUUAACCGGGCAGCAUUCUGAAGCAGCCGCCUAUGAAUUCACGACCUUGACCACCGUCCCUGGUCAAGUCAUGUACAAUGGUGCAGCUAUUCAAAUGCUGGAUUUACCCGGCAUCAUCCAAGGCGCAAAAGACGGCAAGGGUCGAGGUCGUCAGGUCAUUGCUGUGGCGAAAACUUGCCAUUUGAUCUUCAUUGUCCUUGAUGUAAACAAGCCUCUGACUGAUAAGCGUGUCAUUGAGAACGAGCUGGAAGGUUUUGGCAUUCGUAUUAACAAGGAGCCACCCAAUAUUGUGUUCAAGAAGAAGGACAAGGGCGGUCUGAACAUCACCAGCACAGUUCCUCUGACACACAUCGACCACGACGAGAUCAAGGCGGUUAUGAACGAGUACCGCAUCAAUUCAGCAGAUAUUGCAAUUCGCUGUGAUGCCACCAUCGACGACUUGAUCGAUGUGUUGGAAGCCAAAAGCAGGAGUUACAUACCAGUCAUCUACGCCCUCAACAAGAUUGACUCGAUUUCGAUUGAAGAGUUGGAUCUCUUAUACCGCAUCCCCAAUGCUUGUCCCAUCAGCUCCGAACAUGGCUGGAAUAUUGACGAGUUACUGGAGCUGAUGUGGGAAAAGCUUCAACUGAAACGAGUUUAUACCAAGCCAAAAGGCAAGCAGCCAGAUUAUUCUACGCCGGUAGUUCUUAGGAAGAAUGCUUCCACAGUGGAAGAUUUUUGUAAUCAAAUCCAUAGAUCCAUCCUUGAGCAAUUCAAGCAUGCCAUUGUCUACGGCCGCUCUGUGAAGCACCAACCUCAACGGGUGGGUCUGCAGCAUGAAUUGGCAGAUGAGGAUAUCGUCACUAUUGUCAAAAAGUGA